GACACACUCCAUCGACACUCUCCAGCACUACAAUUUUUAAGCUAUUUUUGCUCUGUUUUUAACCAUAACCAGAUAAUCUCGACAUCCGUAAUCACUCUCAAGAGUAACUUUUUAGAAAGCGAAAGGAGCCGUUGCUGUUCUAAAAUCCAACCCAUAAAAGAAGCUUCAAGAAAUCCCUCAUUCCCAUUUUUCUUCUCUACACAAACAACAGCAGAGGAAGAGCCAAACAAAAGGGUUUGGCUUUCAAGUGAUAAAGAGAAGGAGAAUGGGGAAAAGGGUUGGAUUCAGUCUAUUUUUUCUUGGGAUUUCACUGUUCUUGAUACUUUUGGGCCAUUGCCAAGGAAGUAAUGUUGGAGUUUGCUAUGGAAGGAAUGCAGAUGACCUCCCAACACCUAAUAAAGUGGCUCAGCUAGUCAAACUUCAUAACAUCAAAUAUAUUCGGAUUUAUGAUUCAAAUAUUCAGGUUCUCAAGGCCUUUGCCAACACUGGUGUUGAACUUAUGAUUGGGGUUCCAAACUCCGAUUUGCUGCCAUUUGCCCAGUUCCAGUCUAAUGUAGAUACUUGGCUUAAGAAUAGCAUACUUCCUUACUACCCAGCUACGAAAAUAACGUACAUUACGGUUGGUGCUGAGGUCACCGAGAGCCCCAACAAUGUGUCUGCAUUGGUGGUGCCUGCCAUGAAUAAUGUACUCGCUGGCCUCAAAAAGGCUGGUUUGCACAAGAAGAUAAAAGUUUCUAGCACUCAUUCUCUCGGAGUUCUGUCUCGGUCAUUUCCUCCCUCGGUUGGGGCUUUUAGUAGUAACUAUGCAUCUUUCCUGAAACCAUUGUUGGAGUUUCUUGCUGAGAACCAAUCUCCCUUUAUGAUCAAUAUUUAUCCUUAUUAUGCAUAUCGAGAAUCCCCCAACAAUGUGUCAUUGGAUUAUGCACUUUUCGAGUCAUCGAAUGAAGUUAUUGACCCGAAUACUGGUCUGCUUUACACGAAUAUGUUUGAUGCUCAGAUCGAUGCUCUUUAUUUUGCUUUGAUGGCCCUAAAUUUCAGAACAAUUAGGGUGAUGGUAACAGAAACAGGUUGGCCAUCCAAAGGUUCACCAAAGGAGACAUCUGCUACUCCUGACAACGCUCAAACUUACAACACAAAUCUUAUCCGCCAUGUAAUCAAUAACACGGGGACACCUGCAAGGCCUGGAGAGGAACUAGAUGUAUAUAUCUUCUCUUUGUUCAACGAAAACAGGAAGCCAGGGUUAGAUUCCGAAAGAAACUGGGGAUUAUUUUAUCCCGACCAGACCAGCGUCUACAACUUGGAUUUCACAGGAAAGAGUGUGGUAGACAUGACUGCACAGGCAAAUAACACUGCUUCCAAUGGAACUGCUUGGUGCAUAGCUUCAAGCAAGGCGUCCGACAUGGACUUGCAAAAUGCCUUGGAUUGGGCUUGUGGUUCGGGGAACGUCGAUUGCACACCCAUUCAGCCAAGUCAGCCUUGUUUCGAGCCAGAUACUCUGCUUUCCCAUGCAUCUUAUGCAUUCAAUAGCUAUUUCCAGCAAAAUGGAGCCACUGAUGUUGCUUGUGGUUUUGGAGGGAAUGGAGUUAGGGUUAACCAGGACCCAAGUAAGUUGACUUCCACAAGCCACAACCACAUUCCCGUAACAUUCUUUAUAUAUUUUCAGUGUUAUAUCUGUUUUUCAAUUGCUUUUUAUAUAAGGGUAAAAUCUAAAAGACACAGAAACACUUUAGAUUGCCUAUUGCGAAUGCUUCCAAUACAUGUUGGACACUUGGGCACACCAAUGCAUAGAAUACUUGUUGAGUAGACUAAAAAGACACAUGACAAUAACAAUAAAUUUAAGCAUAUAAAUAUAUGAAACAUAUCAUUUCCAUGUCAUGUCCUAUAUUUCUAAAGCAUGAUGUGUUAUGGCGUCCGAUAUCCAUGUUUCAUGUUCAUAUCUAUGCUUCUUUAGGGUAAUUUAAAUUGAAAUCUACAUCUCUCUUUUGUGUAAAGAGUUCCAACGACUUUUAGGUAACAUAUCUGCUUUGGGAUUGUGUUUCCACUAGGAAAGCGGAUAUAUAAUGUUAACGUUUUUAGCUACUAGGAAGUGUUCCUAAUCUUGGAUUUGUAUCUUGACUUUGCAGGCUAUGAUAAUUGCUUGUAUGCAACAGCAGGG